AUGAAAUUUGGGAAAUAUGACUCCUGUAGAGCGACCGAGCCUGUGUCACAAUACGCUUUUGAUCUUAGAUUUUCUCUGGCAUUCCCUUACUCCCCCCCGCUGACCACCACCCUCGCCCGCGCCCCGAAGACCGACGCAGGAACGACCGAACUGACUCGCCUUCGGGAACUGAACCGGCGCUACGUCAACAAGAUUCCGCCGCGAGGCUACUGGAACGCGCAGUUCGACGUGAAGCAGCUGAUGUUCAUGAGAUUCAACUUAACCGUUCCCCGCACGGCGCAUUUGGCUAUAUUCGGACGCCGCAAUGUCGCCCCGUCUAUCACGCAGUACGACUUCGUUGAAUUCAUCAAGAGUGGUCGUCCUGGGCGUGCUAAGAGGGAGGCUGAUUGGACCACCUCCGAAGAACCCGUGACAGAGGCGAUGGUCGUGACGUCAACAACUCCAAGUCUCCAAGAUGUCAUUGAAGUCUAUCCCUUCUUGCAUGAGCACCACCUCGACCUCAAACUCGGCCUCCAGGGCGCUCUCAAGGACGACCUCGAGGCUAUGACCAAGGCGGAGGACGGAAAUGAGCCUGAGGAAGGGGCGAACGAGGUGAUGGAAGAGCCUCUAGCCUUACCUUCUCUCUCGCGCGCUCGACGCUUCAUUCACGACCACAGCGUCAACUUGAGUCUGGUGGAGUACCUGGACACUGGUACCUGGUACUUGGCUAUAUACAACGACGGAAUCAGCGUGGCGGAGAACUUCCGUCUCUUCCAUCGGUUUCUAGAACUACUUUCCACUACCUCGGUUUCUAGAACUCAAUUCCACUCCCUCGGUUUCUAG